AUGAGAGUUGCCAUCUACACUGGACCAUUUUUUGCUAUGGUGGCUUGCUCUGUUCCUGUGGCCGCGGUCAGCACCACCGAAAAAUCUCCCACCCUGCAGCUGAGCACAAGCUCCGAGUUCAACUUCAAACUCAUCGGUGCUCUCGGGGAAGCUCUCACUGGCGGGGCUGAUAUCGCCCCCAUCUUGGGUAUUUCGAAAGACAUCAAAGCCGGGGAUAUGGUUGACUUUGGCACUCAAUUCCACAGCCUCGCCAUUUCCACCAAGGCACAGGCAGAAAGCCCGGAGAAUGCCUUUGAUCCCGUCAAUGUUCGGGAGACGUGGUUCUCUGCUGCUCAAUAUUUCCGCAACGCUGAUUUUUACAAUCACGGCAAUUGGAGCAAUCCUCUUAUUGGAACCUUGUGGGAUGAACAGACUGCAGCAUUUGAUAAAGCGCUAGCUGCCUUACCUGUCCCCGGCAAGCGGAUACAGAUACCCGCCCAAGAUGGCAAAUUCACCGUGGAGGCUAUUUGGUACAGUGUGACAGAUAACGGAACAACCAAAUUGCCAACUCUCAUCAUUGGAAACGGAUACGACGCCGCACAAGAAGACUCCUAUCAUCAGUACGUUGUGCCUGCUUUAGCCCGUGGGUGGAACUGCAUCACCUACGAAGGCCCUGGUCAGCCCACUGUGCGCCGGAAUCAAAAUAUUGGUUUCAUACCUCACUGGGAGGAUGUCGUUACCCCGGUGGUUGACUGGUUAUUCGCUGAGAAAGCGGAUGUCGUCGACGCAGACCGACUCGUUCUUAUCGGGAAUUCAUUUGGUGGUUACCUGGCAGCACGUGCUGCAGCCUUCGAGCCUAGGCUUUCGGCGGCGAUCCUCAUCGGCGGUGUUUGGGAUGCCUAUGCCGCGUUUACGUCUCAAUUUCCGUCUGAAAUGCUUGGCCUGCUUGACUCAGGGAACUACACAGAAUUCGACAACAUCGUUAUUACACUACGAGAUACUGGCAAACUUCCUACGGGUGCUGCUUGGGGCAUAGAUCAAGGUCUUUGGUCUUUCUACACGCACUCACCCUCUGAAUUCCUUACUCGGAGCAAGGAGUUUCAAUUGAAGGACGUCAUUGACAAGAUCAACAUACCGGUCUUUAUUGGUGACGCUGAAUUCGAAAACUUUUUUCAAGGCCAGCCGCAACAAGUGAAGAAUGCUCUUGGGGACAAGGGGACUUUGCACAAGUUUGCUGGGGUCGCCGGUUAUCAUUGCCAGUCUGGCGCAACUCAAGAGCUUGUGAGGACGAUUUUUGCAUGGAUUAACAAAACUCUUCACUAA